AUGGCCUUGUCACUAGGUUUAGCAAGAGAGCUGUCGCAGUGCAAAUGCUUCCGGCUGUGGGACAAGUCCUUAUCUCAGUACCACUCAAAUAAAAAAAGGUUUGAUGGGCCUGAGGUUAGGCAGGAGCUGAUUUUGCUGCUCAGAUAUCUGAAGCAAUGCAUGUAUUUCUCGAAGAAGCCAUACAGCGUGUUUUUGGACUAUGGUGGUUAUGGCCAGAAUGAUGUUCUUAUAAAGAAAUCUAAGGCGAGGAUCCUGAAGCCUGCCUUCACAAUUGUCUGUGACAGAAGUAGCCAAUGCUUUCUCCUUUUCAUUAGGGGGGCUAUCAGUGUUAAGGAGCGGUUGACAGCAGCAACUGGCGCAGAGGUUCCAUUUCAUCACGUUGUGGUCCAGGAAGGUCGUGUCUCCAACCUAGUGUUGGGUUACGCUCACUGUGGAAUGGUUGUAGCAGCUCGAUGGAUUGCAAAACAAGCCAUUCCUUGCCUGAGUAAAGCAAUCGAGCAAUUCCCAGAAUAUGAGGUUAAGAUCAUUGGACAUUAAAUGGGAGCUGGGAUUGCAACAAUACUAACAUACAUCCUUCGCGAGAAUGAGAAGCUGGCAUCAUCCACUUGUAUUGCAUUUGGGCCAGGUACUGCACUGAGGAGUAUAGUUUUA